CAGUCUCCUGAUUAUCGACGGUGUAAUAACAACCUUAUAAACCAUAUGACGUGGAACAUUUGACUGGGAAAUCUCACAUUUAAGUUAAUCAUUUCGGCCCAAAAUACGUGGAGAUAUGAAGUUGUAAAUUUCGAUAAAAGAUUCAAAGGAUGGACAGAGGAACUCGGAAAGAUUUGUUAGAAACGAUAGAGAAGCAGAAAGAUCAACUGGGUCGAUACGAAGGCAGACUUAGAGAUGUCGUCCAGGCCUACAAAAGCUUGAGCAAAGAGAAGGAAGCUCUGGAGGCCAGCGUCCAAGCCUUGAGUAAUGCACCCCCUCAGAGGUUGGGAGGCGCAUCCCAAGGAUCCAAGCCCAAGGGGCAGAAGAAUGAUGGAGAAGAAGGGAAGAAGGAAGAGGGAGGUGGUGAACCGAAAGGUACCAAAGAUGAGGGUAAAGAUGGCUCAGAUACGGAAUCAAUGGAGAAAGAAGAUCACGUCAACUACCAGCAGCUUAAGGACCAACUGAGCACGCUCACAACUGCCCUAGCAACGGUUACCGGACAGAAAUCCAAGAUGGAGGCAAGCUUCCAAGCAGACAAGAAGAAGCUUAGGCAAGAAUAUGAAGAGUCUUUACGAAGUCAACAAGAAGGAAGGGAGCAAUUUGAAGAAACCAAAACCAGACUUCAGGAGCAAAUCAACGAGUCUCGGAACAAGUUGAGGCUUCAACAGCAAGAACGAGAAGCUGAACAAGUCAACCAUGCCGUGAUGAUCAGAGAGUUACAAACGCUGUUGACUCGAGAGAGGAGUGAUAAAGAGCUAUUGGAGAACAAGUUGAGUGACAUGGAAGAUGGGUUAGCGAUUGCGCAAUCACAGCCGGACAAGUCUGCAGCGUAUGAAGAACAUGUGAAGCGUUUGACUAAAGAUCUUGAGAUCUUCAAAACGCAGUUGAGAACGGCCGAAGAGAAAGCUUCACGACCCUCCCCACUUCUCCUACAACUCCAGAAGGAAAUGGCGGAGAUGAAGGCACAGCAUCGGAUACAAGUGGAGGCGGAGCAGCUUAAGGCGAAGGAGUCGAGAGAGAUCUUAAAGCAGCUCAGGGAAGCUGAAGAGGAGAGAGUCGCUACCCUGGAGAGUAAACUCGCUGAGUUGUCGGAGGUUGUCGGAAGUUAUGAUCGAGUUAAACAACAAGAUCUGCAAGCUAUACAACGAUUAAAAGAGCGCAUCGUCCAACUUGAUCUUGAAAACACGGCCCUCGCCAAAGCGGUCAACAAAUUUCAGAGCAAUCAACCAGAAGAGAUUAUCAACCCAGACGCAACGGUGUCCGAACUGACGGAGAAAAUCCUUAACUUGAAAGGACUUCUGAAGCUGGCCAGUCAGAAGUCAGAAAAACCUGUCGACAUAGAUGAUUUGUGUAACAUUGAAGACCAUGCAAGUCUAGAGGGCCACCCUAAUCAUAGGUCUUGCCAGCAAGAGUUGAAACAGUUGAAGGAUGAGUUUGAGAGAUACAAACUUAGAGCACAGGGCGUCUUGAAGAAUAAAACAGUCAAGGAUACAUCCAGUAACAAGGAGAUUGAGGCCUUGCAGAACCAAGUCAGUGAAAUGAGGGAACGCAUCUCAAUUUUACGACAACAACUCGACGACGAAGAGGCCAACCACAAACAAACGGUGACAAAUUACGAGGACAAGAUUUUCAAAUUGAAGGAGCAACAUCGCACAGCCUUAAGUCAAGCAGAAUCAGAGUAUAAGCACAGAGCAGCCGAUAUGGAGCAGCAGAUCCAUCGGCAACGAGACCGAACGAUGGCGCUACUGGCUGAGAAAGCGCAAGAGAUUGACUUGCUACGACAACAACUCAACAACCGAUUUGGUGGGACUACCAUGGAAAGUGACUACAGUUUGUCCCGACAGACUUCUAGUGACGUCUUCACAGACGAUGAAGACAGGCCCAGGUCCGAAGCAGCAGAAACAGUCUCACAACUCCAGGUGUCCAUGGUUCAGAGUAAUAACCCAUCCUUGCUCCACUUUGCCGAGGAGCGCGCCCGACGCGAGGUUGAGCUCUCUACAAUAAAGAAACAGAAACAGCAGGUAGAGGGCGCUCUACGGCAGCUGCAGGAGAAACACGCAAUGGCUGUGCAGCUCCACGAGGAGCAGUUGGACGAGUUGAGGGACGAGGCAGAAAGAUGGAAAAGGAACAGGUCUAGGGAAGGCACAAACUUGGAAUACUUGAAGAACGUGGUACUGUGUUACCUACAGACAGAGAGCCACUCGAAAAGACAACAGAUGUUCAGUGCUAUAUCAACCAUCUUGCAGUUUACACGAAGAGAGAAAGAAGGCGUUCUGAAGAAACAAGGCGCAUCCUGGUGGGGAUAUGGGACCACAUAACCCUCCAAAUUAUUAUUCAUCUUCAAUAAAUUAAUAUAUUUUUUUUAUCAUAUUAAUAAUGGUUAAUGGUACCAAAAAGCUAAACUUUGGGGCGUAUUUAUGUUGAUCUUUUGCUAAGCCUUUUGUAAGUGCAAAAUCGAGAUAGGAAGGAGUUAUUAAAAAAAACUUGCGGGAACCAUUUUGUGUAAAAUCUCCUUUUUUAGGAGUGUUGGCUCUGAAAUGUGGUUUUGACAUUUCAAACAGUAUACUCUGCUUACUUCCGGAGAAAGAAUAUUCUGGCUUUCUCCUGAAGAUGAGCAGAGGAAACUGUUCGAAAUGUCAAAACCACAACAACUUUGCCUCCAAAAGAGAUUUGUACCUUCAAGCUUAUUAAUUAUUGUUAAUUCAUAUCUUGUUUUUCACACACCAAGCAAAACUGCAAACACCACAUUGUAUCGCUAAAGAAAUAGCCUCUUCUUUUGUCAUUCAAUAGCAUAAAUGUGACCCCCAUGCCAAAAUAAUAAUUUCGAAAUCUGGCACUUUGUUGAAAAAAGUAAAAUGGAAGUUUUUAUUUAUGGCACCACCAAGAGCCAUUGUUUAAGCACCGGGCAUCUGUUUUUUAAUUACAAAAUAACUUGUUUUUUUUUAUUAUAAAAUAACUCGGGUGAGCCACUGACAAGAGCUACACGAACGACCACUCACCGCUCUCGUAGUGACGUCGUGUACCCGGGGCCAGCCCCCACGUGACCCACUCCACAAGCAGGGCACUGGGGGCUGACCCAGGGAAGCUAAACAAACGCACCCCAAGUAUGUUUUAAUGCUCAAACUUGUAGAGUUACUACAAAAAGUACACCAUUCUUUAAGUCCUUGUAUUUGAAUUAUAACGUGCUCUAGAGUACCCUAACUGAACUCCCUGCAGAACAGAAACAUAGUGUAUGUUUUAGGAGUUGACAAUUUUAAUUUUUAAAUUUGGGGGAAAGAUUUUAAAUGGUGUCUUCCUAUUUUUAUUAAGCACAUUAUUUUAACCGCAUUAUGAAAUAUUUAAGUUGAUGAUCAUAAUAAAGGUAAAGGUUAUACA